GCGGGGCGGGGCCGGGCCGGCCCCGGUCUGGUCUCGGCGGAGGUAGGGUGCGGGCCCGCCCCGGGGCGCGGCGUCGCUGUCGCAGCGGCCGGCGGAACGGGGAGCGGAAGCCGCGCGGGCCGCUAUGGGGGGCUCGGCCAGCCUGCUGCCGCGGGACGUGCUGGGCGAGUACCAGGAGCUGACGUUCCUGAGCAAACAGGAGAUCCUGCUUGCCUACAAGAGGUUCAGUGAACUGCUGCCAAAGGAGGAGAGGAAAAUCUCCCGCUCCACGCGGGUUCCCAAGAGCCAGAUCCUGACACUGCCAGAGCUGCGGGCAAACCCCUUCCAGCACCAGAUCUGCCGGGUGUUCUCCACCUCAGAUGCCAGGGAUGACAGCAUGUCCUUUGAAGACUUCCUUGAUAUGCUGAGCGUCUUCAGUGACUCUGCCACCUUGGACAUCAAAUCCCACUAUGCCUUCCGCAUCUUUGACUUUGAUGGGGAUGGGGUUCUGGACAGAAAUGACCUGGAGAAGCUGGUGAACUGCCUGACGGGGCAAGGUGAGGAGUCACGGCUGAACGGCACCGAGAUGGAACAGCUCAUCCGCAACAUCCUGGAGGAGUCUGACAUUGACAAGGAUGGCACCAUCAACCUCUCGGAGUUCCAGCACGUCAUCUCCCGCUGCCCGGACUUUGCCAGCUCUUUCAAGAUCGUGCUGUGAGCACGCCCUGGCUCUCCAGAACCACUCCUCCAGCUACUGCAGCUCUUCCUGGCCUCAGAAGCUUUCUCUUUCAGCGAGCAGAGUGGAGAGGCCCCUCUCCUUGCCAGCCACAUGUGCCUUAGGCAGGACCCCCUGCUGCUCCCCUCUCACACCUGAGACGGCAGGCAGAUGGCGACUGUCCCUGCAGCCUUCAGAGGUGGGGCCCUGGGAAGUUGCCUGGCCUGCAGCCGCGCUGCUCUCCCACGAUGGGAUUUCAACUCCUUAUGCAAACCAGGGGCAGCUCCAUGGAUGGGGGAGGCACACAGAGGUGCUCCUGGCUGGUCCAUGCUGCACCCAGCACAGCCCCACUCUUGUCCUCAGUACCAAUUUGUGCCUUCACCAGAGGGCAGGGAAGUGCCCACCCCUGCUGGCUUCCUGGGAGCCUCUCUGCUGCAAAGUGGAUCUGUUAAAGCAAUAACUCAAAACUGGAUCAAUUUCUCUGAGCAAUAAAUCUGAUCUGGGUCUGUUUCUCCCAAGCAAUAACCUAAGCAUGGCUGAGUUUCUCUGAGCAAUAACCCAAGUGGCACUGGAGAUACCCUAACAGCAGAGCUGUCUCCACAGCUGCACAAGAUGCAGGACACAGUGCAGCCAGGCUUGCCCCAGAGACACUCUAGCCCUGCUCGUUCCUUUUUGCUCCUCUUUGCCCCCUCCCCUGGCUCAGGCUCAAGCUCAGCAGCUGCUCUGUGCUGCCCUGGCCUCUUCCUCCUUCUGUUCCUGCAGGGACACAAAUAAAGGGCUCUGG